AUGGACGACCUUUACACGGAACACGUCGAGAGCGCAGACAAGACAUCGAUACAGGACCAGAUGGUUCAUUUUGAAGAAAUGGCUAAAUUUGUGAACGCCCGCAUUUUCGAACUCUUUACAGAGAAGAUGAACGAUGGCAAUAAAAGAACGACUGAAAGAAAAGAUUUUAUGACUGCUGGAAGAAUGAAGAGAUGUGUUGAUGAAGACACGAAUGAAAUUGUCAAGGAUAUACUGCUUAUAGGUUUGGAGAGUAUUUUCGAAUACAAAUACAACGUAGAAGAUGAAGUCGCAGUUGCUCUCGCGGAAGCCGCAAGUAAAGAUAUCAUCAAAAAAUACGUUCCGAAAAAGUCUCUUGUUCAGAAGAAGACGCCAGAAUAA